GACUGUCUCCUCCGGCUUCAGGUAUCCUACACCUCAAUUUUGAAUAUAGCAACAUGGGUACAGACCUCCUGCUUGCCAUGCUGGCGAGUCUGGUAGACCAGUCAAAGUUAUACGAGCAAGAAGCCUUGCUGGAGGCGCUUCUGGCGUGCGAUGGCAAUGUGGAAGAAGCAGCCGCUCUGAUUGCUCGCAGGAAGGGGAAGAACUCAGAAAAUACCAAUGGAAAGCGGAAGCGGAGGGCUGUAUUGGAUGAGUGGCUUGGUACGUCUCGAGCUGAGACUGAUACAUCGAAUGCGAUGAGGAGCACGUUCAAGUCUCGGUCAUCCGCGCCGCGCGCUUCUCCAACCAUGGAUGAGACUAACUUCUCUUCAUCUUCCCGUAAAAGCUCGCUCUCCGCUAGGGCGUAUCGUGAAGCUUCAUCUCCCAACGCUUCUACGUCAGAAAGUACCGGCUCUUCGGCCGCUGUCAGAAAACUCGACCGAUCACCAGAAUCCCCUUCCAAAGCGCGUGCUCCCACAACGCGCUUACCGCCAUUGAUUUUAGGCACACCGGCACUAGUUGCACAACAUACUCCAUGUACACUGCACCUUUCCAUUCUUCCACCAGAGCUUGCAUGCAGGUUAUUUCACACGAUGUGGUUGUUCGAUCGCGUGGUGGAGAGUCCUCAUAGGACGUCCUUCUCCACCAGACGCUCCUCUAACCAGGCAGAGGAUGAUGAGAACAUGCAGCAAGCUGCUCAAUAUUGGUAUAAUGGUCGGCGCACUGAACCUCCUGCUACGUUCCUUCCUGCGAGGGAAGAAGCCUGCGUGCACAUCGAGCGCGUCGUGAACCGGGAGAUGCGUAAGCGGAAGCGAUUUCCAUUAGAAUGGGGUGGAGAGCCCGGUACGCAGAAGGAGACAGGUUCGGGUGAGAAGAUUCUAUGGCGGGCAAACGUCGCCGCAGCGAAUUGCUACGAAGGGGCAAAGGAGAGCGUUGGCUUUCACUCUAACCAACUGACGUAUCUUGGGCCGUAUGCAACCAUUGCCAGUUUGAGUCUAGAGGUUGUACCAACCGAUGAGAGGGAAACGCGCAGUGCAAGGACGUAUGACAUCCCCCUUUCGCACAACUCACUGAUUAUAAUGCAUGCCUCCACGCAGGAGACAUUCAAGCACUCAGUUCCCCCUCAAAGUGUUAUAGACCUCUUUCACCCACCCUUUCCGCCCCCGCCUGAUUUUUCUGCCCCGGACGAGCGCAAGCAGCGAUCUACGGCCUCUCCGUCCAAUUGCCGAAUCAAUAUGACGUCCCGCUUCUAUCCGCCUGAUUUUAGAGCUCAGGCGACGCUGCGGUGCAACUGUGGUGUUCCAUGUAUCCUCCGGCCGGAUAUGAAGAACCGAUAUCGUAAACCAAGCGAGACGUCUGGACAUGGUGAAGGCUUGAACCAUGUCACUGUGGACGAGGGAACUGGACAUCCACUGCGGAAAAACAUGGUUGACAAAUAUUGGUGGACAUGCUACGCUGGUGCGCAAAAUGACGGCAAGGGAUGUGGCUUCUGGAAGGUCAUGGAUGACCCUUUAUGCUCCAUGCCCAGGACUUCAUCCUAGAGCACGAGAGCAAUUCCUCCAA